AGUAGCCUCACGCGCAGGACGACGGCGACCGAUAACACCAUCUCCGCAUUUACAAAUUCAUACGGUGUAACGGCAACGAAAACAAUUCUAUCACACCCAAAACGCAAUAUAUAAGCUUCGAACAAACCCAGGAUUAAUUCUUGCAAAGUAAUCCACAUAUCUAUGAAACAAAUGUAACGCCGAAUUACCAGAAAUGUAUAAAAUAGACAAAGGUUUCUCCUGAAGUUGACCGGAAACACAGCACUCGUUAAAAUUGAAAUACCACACUGCUGCCAUCUGCGGCGAAGAAACGUACCGUACCGGUACGUACGGCUCGAAAUGAUCGGCACAGAACUUUGAGUGACGGACGUGGGGCGUAAACGUCUGGAUCUACUGCUGAACAAAAACUAUUCCAGCUGUAAAUUAGGAUUAACCAAGGAAGAGGAGAGGCUGUGCUGAGAGGAAGCAAUACAAUCAUGUCUUUCGGGAAGGGUGACUUUGGCGAUGGCGGGUCGAAUAACAGUUUCACCACAUACCACGGUAGCGCUAGCAAAGGAUCUGGAUCCACUUCCGAUUUCAAUCGUCUUUCGCAGGGUAUUGCUGGAAAUGUGCACAAAAUCACACAAAAUGUCAGAGAAAUUGAAGGGUACAUUGCUAGACUGGGCACUCAUGAAGAUAAUAAAGGCCUUAGGGGAAAACUGGAUGAAGUACAGCACUAUACCAACCAGUUGGCUAAAGACACAAACAAGAUGCUCAAAGAUCUCAACUCCAUUCCACCUUCAUAUUCAGACCAGAAGCAGCAGAAGAUGCAGAGAGAGCGUCUGACAGGUGAAUUCACCUCGGCACUCAAUCAGUUCCAGAGAGUACAGAGAGAUGCAGCUCAGAAAGAGAGAGAUUCCUACGACAAAGUCAGAACAGGAUCUACAACCUCAGGAGGUUACGAAGAUCAUUCAAGUGAUACACUAAUAGGUUUUGAAAGCUCAAGACAGGAUGCAGGUAUGACUCAACAGAGUCAGGUCAGCUAUGAAGACUUUGAAGGUAUCAAGGAAAGGGAAUCACAACUCAAAAAGUUAGAGUCCGAUAUUCUUGAUGUGAACCAAAUAUUCAAAGACCUUGCUACCAUGGUCCAUGAACAGGGAGAUAUGAUAGACAGCAUAGAAGCUAAUGUAGAAUCAGCGGAGGUACACGUAGAACAGGCCAACACACAACUUGAGAAAGCAGUGACAUACCAGUCAAAAGCAAGACGGAAGAAAUUCCUGUUGUUGAUCUGUGUACUGGUACUCAUAGUGGUAAUAGCGCUAAUCAUCUAUUUCAGCGUAAGAAAUUAGAAACUCAUCACAACCAAGGGAUAUUCAUCCAGUCACCAAGAAGCCAUUAACAGUCACUGAAAAAUUAUGAUUUCCUUUGCCUAAAGCAUAUUUAGUAGCACAAUGUGUAUGUGUAUUUGUAUAUAAUGCUCUCUGUUAUGUGUGGUCUGUUUAAAUUUCACCCAACUGUUCAGAAUGCUAUGUGGUUAGGAAUAAGGAUCGGGUAAAUGUCUUUGAGAUUUUGUUAUUGAGGAGUUGAGGGGGACGUAUAAACAAGAAAGAACUGUCUGCUGUCAUGUGGCUGGAUUAGUUUUUUGUAUGAUUAGGAGGAAGGGGUGAUUUUUACCGGUAUUGCCUCAUUCUCUUGUCUAAAUGUCUUUAAUAUUUUUUUAUUGAGGAGUUGAGGGAGGGGGACGGAUAAACAAGAAAGAACUGUCUGCUGCAUUAUUUAUUUUGUAUUGGAGUGAUUUAUUACUCGACUUGCCUCAUUCUCUUGUCCAGACUACUCAAAAACUAUUUUCCAAACAAUUAAUCUUUCACAUGAGCAUAAGCAUUGUGGAGUAUUACUCAAGGUAGUCACAGAAAACAGUCUUUUGUGGGGAUUUAUUGAACAACUUCUGACAUUUGACUACUAGGUAGUAUAGCCAGCGUAAUUCAGCGGAACAAUCAAUGGUACAGAGACUGAAGCUUUUGGUCUUUAUUCAAGGAUGUUUCCAUUCAAAGAAAAGUAUGAAUAUCUCCUUUGGCAACAUAACUUUCCUCUAGAAAACAAACAUUUCUGUUAAAGAAAAAAAUUCAGUUUUGUUGACGAAAUGAAGAAACUCUUUAAGUAAUUGUAAAAGAUUGUAUAUAAUGCAAGUACGAACUGUUGUGGAAAAGUAAAAGUAUCACUGAAAUCAUGAACAUUUUUUAAAAUUCUUCCAAUGGGACACAUCACGACAUGUUCUGCACAUAGAUCUGCAUGUAUAUUUAUGGGAGUAUACACACAAUAUUGUUCCAACAGUUUCAUCCAUUUGUUAUCUUUUUAAUAUAAGGGCAUUUGAGGAUGUUCUUCCUAAAUCAAUAGCUCAUAAUGAUUAUUUUCAUCUGUACUACAUCUUUUUGUAGAUCUUUAAAACUGCCCAUGUUGGAUGAUUUUCUUACUUUGCUUUUUUUUAUGGUAACCCUGGUUAUUUUAGAUCUCUAAGAUUUGUGGUAUAUUGAGCAAGUCUAAUCAUAGUUAUUAUUGCAAACUGAUGGCUUCAUUUUACAUACAUGUAUGUCUUGCAACUUUUGGGGACCAGAUUUUUCAUUGCCCAGGUACACGAUUCUGGAUUUGUAAGUGCAUAACAGACCUACAAGUAAAAUUGCUUCAGAAACGUGGUAUCCAAUACCAAUGCAAAUUUUGUUUCUAGUCAAAAUUAGUAUAUGUACAUGUAUUCAUAUUAUGUUAUGCUUGUGGUGGUUUAAACCUCCUUUGUAAAUGUACACCAUUUGUUGGCCAUGUACUCUGAUUGUCUUUCUGUUAUUUUCUUUAUAGGUAGAAGAAAAUUAUAUAUUUUCUUAUUCUAUUAGAAGAUAUACACUUGUUAUUCCAAAGGUUCGUUAUUCCAAGAAAAUAUGAUUUGUUAUUCUGAAUGCGUGUUAUACUGAGGUAUCAUUUGGCAAAGAAUGAUAAUUACACGCAUUAUUCCAAAGGUAAAGAAUAAUCAAAUCAAAUUUUAGUGAAAAGUAAAAUAAAACCUUUGAUGAAUGAAUCUUAUUUUGUUGUCACAUUAACAAGCCUUCAGAAUGAUUAACUUUAUUUUCAUGGGAUUAAUGGACAAGUGAACCUUCAGAAUAUUGAAACUCCUGAAUAAUUAAAUCAACUCUUGAAUUAAUAAAUUUUCAGAUUAAUGACCUUUAACAAUAAGUGGAUAUGGAAGUCCUUCCUCCUCUCAAUCCCAUGUUUCUUUUGUAAAAUAGAAUGAAAAGAGCUCUCACCUGUUCAGGUGACUUUGGUGCACAUGCAGCAUAAACUCCAUUGGUUUAUCCACAGUCCACUUUGCUUAACCAAGUGCUUAUCUUCUUGGUAUGUUGGGGGUGUAAACAACAGUGGAAACAAUAACACAACACAUACAAAAUACAUAUCCAGAUUUGUAUCUCAAGAAAAGACACUAACACAGCAUUUCAUUAUUAUUUACAUGUAUGUAACCAUAUUUUUAACAAAGAAUACUCUGAUUUACGAGCUUUACAACCAAAGUAAAAGUUAUUUUAGCUAUAAACAUGUUAUAUUUUGCUCUAGAAUAUAAGUAUUAUUAUUUGUGUAUAGAUUUUUUUACUUCUAUGUGAAAAUUAGCAUGAUCAGUUAUCAAUGAGUAAAUUAUAUUAUGCUCUCAUUAUUUGGUAUAUUUCUUUAAUAUCAUUGGUACCUAAGCAUCCUUCAUCCCUGGAGAGGGCUAAACCACAUAACAGCUUCAAGCACAUUUAAUGGUAAACUCAAAAUUGAAUUUAAACAGAUAUAUUUGCUUUUCUGAGAAAAUUUCCGGAUUAAGCAUUUAUUGAGGAUUUUUUUUUUAAUCAAACAGUAUGAAAAUGAAUUUGAAUGAGAGUGUAUAUUGUAUAUGAUUGGUGAAUAUUGGUAUAUCAUGAAUGAUUACCGUAAGGUAUGUUGUAUUAAAUGUAAAGCGAUGACAUCUAAUGUAAGUAAAUCAAGGAAGAUAUAUAAUAUAUUUUUAGUAUAUUGUUUAUGUAUUUGAAUAGGGGUACAUGUAUGACAAAGCAUUAUGUUGUAUUAAAGGUAUUUUGAUUUAUGA